AAGGCGCUAUACAAGUACAGUCCAUUUACCAUUUAAUAUGAUGCUGUUGGUGCAUGAAUGAGUAAGUAGUUGAGUAGACGGUCUUUCAGUGUGGCCCAGGACACAUUUGCAUACACACUGCUAAAAGAAUGUGGCCAUAUGUGGCCCAGACCACCUCAGAAUGUGGUCUGAGCGUUUGGAUCUCAAUGCGUCUUGGGUGCAUUCACACCUGUACUUAGAGAGUCCACUUCGACAUGUUAAUGCCAGAUGUAAGCAGGGCCUAAAAGACUCUACAAACUACAGCCAGCCUUAAUCCCAUUUAUUGACACUCUCAGUCCUCUUUUCAUUGUUCUCUCCUAUGCAAGUUUGAAGCAGCUGCUAUGAGGCCACUAGAUGGUGGUUUAACAUUCACACUACUAACCCUGCUGCCACGAGUAAAGUAAGCAUCUCUCUCAUUACUAGCACUUUUGUAGAUCAUUUAACAUUGAGUUUUGCAGUCCAUAAACUAGCUACCACUGCCUUAAUUAGCUAGCAGUAAAUGUUUUUCAGAGGAUAUGUGGCAUUACAUAGGGCUGGGUAUCGGACCUCUGGGCGUUUUUGGUAACAACAAAAAUGUGUCUCUGGUACAGCGAAUCAAAAACUCAUCGUACAGAAAACUGACAUCAAAUGUUAGGGCCAGUAUGUAUAAGGCUGCUCUUUGUGGUCUUAGGUGCAACAAAAUUCUAAGAGUGACGUAUAUUUCCUCUUAUACUUAAAAUUAAGUGCCUAAGCAUUCCUAAGUGUUUAGAUUUGGUCUCAAAUUAUUUCAGAGAGCUGCAGAGGCCUCCUCAGUCUGUCAUGACUGUCAGGACCUGCAGAGGCAGCAGCUUCACACUUGUAUAAUGCGAAAUUGAUCAAAGGUACAGGGUCUGUCCCAAAACAGUGUUUGUUCCUACUGUUCAUAUUAAAAGACAUCUAUAUAAAUCAUUAAGUUCAAUCAUUAUUGUAUUGGCUGGGCUGUGAAAGUUAAGAAUUCUGAUGGGUUUGAAAGGCAAUUGUAGCGUGACCUUGCUACCGUGGAUUCCCUGGCUACAAGGCAGAUGGCAAGACACAGCUUGCAGGCAUUGUUUUAUUAUUUGACUGCUCACACACACAGUAUUCCAAAAGCAAACUCCAGUCUGUCUUCACAGCGCCUCUGCUUGCCUGGCUUGCUGGAUCUCGUCUUGUCAGGAUCUCUUUCGGGAUCCUGACUCGGGAGAAGACCUGAAACAGUGCCUGUGCCACGCUCUUCGCAGGAACCUGUGGCGCCUCUCGCAUAGGCGUUGCCGGUCCCCCCUCCCCUCCCCGUCUACAGUGUCAGAUAAUCUCGCAUCACCACUGAGCACAGCACGAAUAUCUCAUGUCCCUGUCGGUCGUGAACUAACCCACACACUGCCCCACUAAUCUGUUGAACCCCUGCCAAAAUCAAGGGGUGCGUCAGGUGGGAGCUAACCGUGGCCUUUUAUACUGUGUUUUUUUCCCCUGAUAUUGAAUUUCCACCGACACUAGAGGGUAUCUUUGAACAUCACCCAUGAUGCUUUCACCAAAACUCCAGGCCAAACCAGGCUCUGGUGAAUAAUAGACUGCAUACAGCCCGAAUCCACUAUUGCCUGGUGUAUACCUCCUUGGAUUCUUACCGGAACACACGGAUGAGUACGGUCUAGACCUGCUCUAUAGGAAAAGUCCAAUGAGAUAACUUCUGUUAUGAAUUGGCGCUAUAUAAAUAAAAUUUCAUUGAAUUGAACAAUGUAUGUCCCUCCUGGACCGGGGGAGGGUGCCGGCUCCCUCCAGCAGUAUCAGCUUCUCGAGCAGCCUCCCCUUGCCGAUGGACUCCCCCAGCUGCAGCUACCUUGUCGCCACAUCUUUCAGCUGUUGUGCAUAGACAAAUGGGCGGUCAGCAGGACCCAGCCUCUUGUUCCAGACCCGGCAGCAGUAAUCUUCAGCGGAGAAACCCAUCUGAUCCAGCACGGCCUUUUUUAUAUCGGGGAACCUUCCAAGAGGCGGCUGGCAAGCAAAGUGCCGCUGUCUGGGCGUACAACAAGGGAAGGAAGCAUACCAUCCAUUCUGUCUCCAGCCAGCCACAUGCUGCUGCCAUUGCCUCGAAUGUCUCGAUAAACGACUGGGGAUCAAACGCUGACAUCUUGGGCAGGGCAAUGUUGGGAAGGGAGGAAGGUGGGGAAGAUUGUGCUACAGCCCCAACCGGGACAGCAGACUCCCCCAGCAGCUGAGUCUGCCUUUCUUCCUGCUCUUGAAGCACCUCCAGCUGCCGCCUAGUCACUGCCACUUGCUCCCGGUGCAUCGCCACCAUCUCUCCCAGCAUCAGAGCCAGGACGGUUACCAGCUGUACCUGCUGCGACUCGGUGAUCCUUCUCUUGUACACCAAGUCACGUUGGGCACCAGUUGUAGUGUGACCUUGCUACCGUGGAUUCCCUGGCUACAAGGUUCCUGUAAGCACAGCAAAGACGUAGAGUGAGCGGUCGUGGGGACAUCAUGAGGCAGCUCAAAGGCAAACCCAGGAAAGAAACAUCCAAGGACAAGAAGGAGCGUAAGCAGGCCAUGCAGGAAGCCCGACAGCAGGUGGCCACUAUAGUACUGCCUACACUGGCCAUAGUGGUGCUUCUCAUCGUUGUCUUUGUCUAUGUGGCCACUAGGCCUGGUGCUAUCGAGUAGACUUUAGUUCUAUUAAAAAGACAUGAACUCCCAAGCUGACUGGGGUUUGACAAACUGAAAAUGGCUAUACCCAAAGGAUUACCCCCACCAUGUGACAACCAUCCCUCUGUAGGCCAGUGACUGGCCUACCAUUAGUCUUAAUGAAAGCCGCCUCCAAAGUGUUUCUUUGCUUCAAGCAGGAUUCAAGCUGCAGAAAGAAGAAAUCAAACUGAGUGGAGAAACAGUUGCUCUUUGGUGCCUUCAGAUGAAUGAAGAUGACAUCCAUUUAAUCCAGUUAAUUUUAGAGCAGCAGAUGGAUUCAUUGCGAUGUCUUACAAAAUGAUACAAUAUCAUGCAUACCAAAGGACUCGUGCACAGCUUGCCAAGUUUGACCAGAGGUGUUGUCUAAACAAGUGAAUGGUCAAAAACUGUUUCCUAUUGUGACUCAGUGCUGUUUUAAAUUUUUAAAUUCAAUGCAACAUGAGCCUGGUCUCAGACAUGUAUCUUUGGAUAGCACUCACACCUAUCUGUAUGACUGAUAUGUAUGAAAAGUGUUUUAGGGGAAAAGAAGGAUUCAGUUUACUCCUGCCUUGUGUGAACUGCUGAAUGCAACUCUAAAGUAUCUUAUUGAAUGUAAUUGUAGAAUGUGUAAUCUUAAGUCCAUUAUGUUCAAACACACCUGAAUUCCUCCAUCUUUAAUGUAGAUGUUACCUUGUUUGUGUCCAUUAAGUUAUUGACAACCAUACCUUUGAGUCACUCAUGACAUCUGUGCAGAUGUAAUAAGGUGCCUUAUCAGAUUUGCAACUGUUUUAUUUCAGUUCAAUAAAUGAUUUUUUAAAAAUAA